UUCUACCCUAGCAUCCCUGAGGCUGAGGGAGAGAGCACUUCUGGUGAAUUCAUCUUCCUCAUGGACCGCUCAGGGAGCAUGUCGACACCAAUGAAUUCUGAAAGGGGUUCCCAGUUACGCAUAGCAAGUGCCAAGGAAACUCUGAUCCUGCUGCUGAAGAGUUUGCCUCUUGGCUGUUAUUUCAACAUCUAUGGAUUUGGAUCCACUUUUGAUUCCUUCUUCCCAGAAAGUGUGGAGUACACACAGAAGUCCAUGGAGGAGGCCCUGCAGAGAGUGAAGGCUCUUGAAGCUGACCUGGGAGGGACUGAAAUCUUGGAGCCACUGAAGAACAUUUACAGCAAACCCUGCAGACCAAACCACCCCCGGCAGGUGAGGGACUGGAGCUGGGAGCAAAGGAGACACCAGUCUUGUUUGGUUGAUGAGUCCCUCAUACUGAUCCUGUCUGAAGUCAGCACUGAUCAGCUUUGUGUCAGAGCAGGAGAAUGUUAGAUCCACUGUAAGAGCAGAAUGGGCAGGUUUAAUGGAGUCUCUCCUCCCAUAAGAGGAGUCUCACCCC